AAGCAAGCGGAGAAGAAAAAGAAAGAGAGAACAAAAAGAAAGAAAAAGGAAAAAUGACUACUUCUCUCUGUAAUCAAUCUCCUCCCACAACAAACCUCCUCGUCCUCAUCAUCCCUUUAGAAUUGCUACUUCUUACAUUCAUUUUCCUCUACCCAAAUGACUUGAAAAUCCAGUCCUACUUAUCGGCCUGCCGCGCUGCCGCACCGGCCUCAGCCGUCUCCGACUUCAUAGGCAUAGGCCCGGUCGCAGUGAAGCCGGACUUCCGUCUCCUCAUCGGAGUCCUCACACAUCCCGACAGCUACGAGCGCCGGCAGCUCGUCCGCCUUGUGUACUCCCUGAAGCCGCCUGGCCUCGCCGCCCACAUCGACGUCCGCUUCGUCUUCUGCAACCUGACGUCGGAUGAGCAGGAGGUGCUCGUCGCCCUAGAAAUCAUGCUCCACGACGACAUCAUCAUCCUGGACUGCAGGGAGAACAUGAACUUCGGCAAGACGUACCACUACUUCUCCAGCCUCCCAAAACUACUCGACAGGAGCAGCGGUGGCGGCCGGCCUUACGAUUACGUGAUGAAGAUGGACGACGACACCUACUUUCGGCUUGACAGCCUGGCGGAGUCACUGAGGGGCAAGCCGAGGGAGGACAUGUACUACGGGCUGGAGAUACCGUGCAAGGGCGAGAAGUUCCCGCCGUUUCCGGCGCCGUUCAUGACGGGGAUGGGGUACGUGCUGUCGUGGGACCUGGUGGAGUGGGUGGCGGCGUCGGAGAUCGCGCGCAACCACACGAUCGGGCCGGAGGACAUGCUGGUGGGGAUGUGGCUGAGCAUGGGGGGCAGAGGGAAGAACUGGUACGGCAUGGGGAGGGCCAUGUACAACUACAAAGGAUGGAAUGAAUCAACCAACUGUUUCCGGCACGAGUUGGCUCCGGACACCGUCGCCGUGCACAUGCUCAAGAACAAUUCCAGGGUACAUUUAUCUCGGAUCACAAGUGGUAAAGCGCUAUCUACCGAGCUACGCCCUCUUCUCGCGCCGCCGCGCCGCUCACGUGAGGACCUAAAAAACAUGAGGGUAAGAAUUAUAAACAUAGUUCCCAGUAAGUAUGACCACCCGAGGGAAGAGCUCGACCCACCAGAUCCAAAGGAGGCAAUAUAAGCAGAUUAAUCCAAUAGAUAAGCAGAUAAUUAUACUAUGUGCCAUAUGCGAGUAAUAAAAACAUCCAUACUUAUGUCUCAACGAAAUGCAAUAAUGAAAUCUAUGCCAGUAGGUAUUUCUUUUCUACUUUUUAUUUGACAAUCGAUUGCAUAUUCAACCAGCUCAUAAGGUUUCUCUUACCUUAGCCAAGCUAUAUCACCUGACUCGAUCUUGAGUCAAUCAUCCACAGCUUAUCGCCUUACUUGAAUUAGCUACCUGGCGGCAAAAUCAUAGCACACACCGAACAACGGCUUAAGUCGCAUGGCGGUGUAAUCCUUUACUUGACUUAGCCAUCUGGCGGCAAAAUCGACGCACAUGCCGAACAAUGGCUCAAGUCACUGGGCGGCAAAAUCAUCGCACACACCCCGGGUAUCCAACCUUCGACGGCGAAAUCGUCACACACGCCUAAGCUGACACCGAAAUCCAUCUGGCGGCGAAAUCGUCGCACACAUCGAG